GGCCGUAAUUUUACAAAUCUACCAACAGAGGUCGCUCGGACAGGUGUAGAAGUGGUGUGGUUUGUGUAUACGUAUACGCAGCCCGAUAAACAUCAUCAAAAACCCCAUCAUGCAGACGAUUAAAUGUGUCGUCGUCGGUGACGGAGCCGUUGGUAAAACCUGCCUUUUAAUAAGUUAUACAACAAAUAAAUUUCCUUCCGAAUAUGUACCAACUGUGUUCGAUAAUUAUGCAGUUACUGUUAUGAUUGGUGGAGAACCCUACACAUUAGGUUUAUUUGAUACAGCAGGUCAAGAAGAUUAUGAUAGGUUACGGCCGUUAAGUUACCCCCAAACUGAUGUUUUUUUGGUGUGUUUUUCUGUUGUAAGUCCCUCAUCGUAUGAAAACGUCAAAGAAAAAUGGGUACCGGAAAUAACGCAUCACUGUCAAAAAACACCUUUCCUAUUAGUUGGAACACAAGUGGAUCUUAGAGACGAUGUUACAACAAUUGAAAAAUUAGCAAAGAACAAGCAAAAACCAAUAUCAGUAGAACAAGGUGAAAAAUUAGCGAAAGAGCUAAAAGCGGUUAAAUACGUCGAGUGUUCUGCCUUAACGCAAAAAGGUCUUAAAAAUGUAUUCGAUGAAGCGAUCCUAGCAGCGUUGGAACCCCCAGAACCAGCAAGACGCAGGAAGUGUGUCUUCCUCUAAGGUUUCAUUUCGAAAAGAAAAAAAAACGUAAUAAGGAUUUGCUUCUGAUUAUUAUUAUUUUUUUCUAGACUUUUUUUACGCAAGUAUUUUUUGAACACUCUUUAGAUAAGUCUGUGUACUUCCAGUUUUUUUGUUCUGUUCAGUUAUAUUUAGAAAAAAACUUAAAAUACCAACAUAACAAAGGAAAAAGGUUAAGCUCAAAAAAACCAGUUCGAGAAAGUGAUUUUUAUUGGUUCGGUUUAAUUAAUAAUAAUUAAUUAGUAUUGUUUUGUGCUCAUCAUCAUCACGGAAGCCGGAAACUAAAAAAGUUGAAAAAAAAAAGAUUAUAACUUAUAUAUACGAAUAUAAUAUAGAAAUGGUGCUCCUAAAAAAACGCGGCGAUGAGAAUGAAAAAGAUAUAAUUAAAUUGGAACGUUUUUUUUAAAUAAUGCGCGAGGAAACAAGAUCACAGUCUGACUAAAAAAGAAACAUAAAAACCUAAAAAUAUCUAAUAAUAAUAAUAAUUUUUGUACGGAUAAGGUAUAUAAGAAUAUGUAAAUAUUUACACAAAAAGAAAAAUUACUGUACGGAUACAGAGAAUGCGAGAGUCGUGCCUAUUUACAUUUUACUAUUACACACAAAAUAUUCUUAAUUGCAUUUACGCAUAUCUAACCACCUUCGUUAUUAUAAAAAUUAAAUUAUUUAAAUCAAAUUUUUAAAAAACAUUAAAUGAUAUAUGUACAGUAGGACUCUAAUUAUCGAAUUUACUAAAGUUUCAAAAUUCCACUAAAAUUCAUCAAAUCUUUUAAUUCUGCUUUUAAAAACGAAAUUUACAAAAAAAAGGGUCCUACUGUAUAAAUUAGCGACGCGCAUGAAUAUAUAUUUACUUUUUUUUUUAAAUCUUAGCUUGUAGUAAUUAAGUUGUGCAUAUUGUGUUGUUAUUGAAUGACUGUAUAGUUUUAGAUAUUCUAAUUAUCAAGUGUAACAAUUUAAUAAAAAUAAUAAAUAUUUGUACCUACCAUA